UAUUCGUCUGAAAAUAUAAAAUUUUUCAGUACUCAAUAAGCAGUUUACUUCGUUAAAAGGGAAGUUAUGAUGCUGUACUUCACCAAAAUGCUUCAAAACAUAUUUUCGUUACGCAAAAAUCAAAUAAUUAACCGCACUAUGACUGUUUUCUGAUGAAAAUUUGUUUUUGAGUUAAAAUUUAGACUGCAGAAAAACCACCAGAAACGUUCAAUCGGCAACUAUGGUUUCUUGCUCGAAAAUAAACCUCAGGCUCCUGCCGAUGAAAGCUGUUAUGUUUGGCUGGUUUGGUGCAAGUGCCUGCGCCAUACCCUUCAUGACAAUUCACAUGAAAGAACUCGGAUUGACUGUAGAAGAAACAGCGGUGGUUUACACUUUGCUACCAAUAACUCAGUUCUUAUCGUCACCAUUGGCAGGAUUUAUUGCUGAUAGAAUCGGUAAAUACAGAGAUGUGCUGCUAUUGUCAAUAUUAAUGACAAUCGUAAUUGCAACAGCCCUGCUUUAUGUCCCACCAAUAAGCCCAAACAUAACCAGAAAUAACUCUGCAGCAGAAAUUUACUGUAAAAAUGAAAGACUCAUUUUUGAGCGGUGUGACAAUUUUUCAUUACUUCAAACGACAGAAAAGGAGCUUGAAUUACAAAUGUGCAAUAUGCGUUGCGAUAAGUUGACUUUCAAAAACAGCUUUAUUGACAUGCCAUUAACUAUAAAGCUCAUGAAAAAUUCAAGGGACUGUGCACAUGAAGUCGAAAGCAUUAUCAUCCAAAAAAACAUUUCAUCUUUAACAUGCGAUUUGCAUUCGCCAUCCAUCCCAUCAAAUUGCAGUAUUAUGUGCCAUAUGAUGAAUAGUACCUUGGAAAAUCCUGCAGAUUCCAAAAGUGGAAGGCAGCUCACAUUUUACCUAUACUGUACUUUUAGAAUCAUUUACAACAUUUUCUCUGCCAUUGGAUUCACCUUGGUCAAUUCAUCCGCAAUUGCUCUGACUGAAAUGGAUCGUGAAUCAGGAGAAUACGGUAGACAAAGAUUCUGGGCAAUACUAGGAAUGGCUGUAUUUUCACCUUUGGCUGGAAUAAUGGUGGAUCUCAUUAGCACUGAAGAUGGUGUAAUGAACUAUGCCCCAGCUUUUCACUUCCAUAACGUUUUAUCACUACUUACAGGCAUAGCAGUAUGGUAUUUAAAUUUCGAAAUAGAAGACACAGAAUCAAGCUUUGUUGAAUCUUUCAAAAACUUCUGGCAAUUAGUUAAAAGACCUUCAAUUUUCUUCUUACUUAUAGUGGUAUUUUGGCUCGGAACGAUGUGGGGAUUCUUGGAAUCUUUUCUCUUUUGGUUUAUGAGUGAACUUGGAAGUCCAAAGUAUAUGAUGGGCCUAACGGUCACGAUAGGUUCACUUGCUGGUCUGCCAUUUCUGCACUACUCAAGAUACAUAGUAUCGAAAAUCGGACAUGCUAACUUAUUAUCCAUUGCCGUUUUCAUGUACAUGAUUCGUGGAAUUGGCUGUUCAUAUCUCAUAGAUCCAUGGUGGAUAUUGCCUUUUGAAGUUCUCGAAAUAUUCACUUAUCAUCUAAUGUGGGUUGCUGCAGCAACUUAUGCUGCUCAACUUUCUCCUCCUGGUCUUCUGGCAACAAUUCAAGGAAUCAUAGAAGGUGUUCACUAUGGCGUAGGUCAAGGAUCUGGGAGCCUGAUUGGAGGUAGUUUAAUUAGCAGUUUAGGAUCACGUGCUGCAUUUCGAGUCAUGGGCGGCAUUUCAGGAGCCGUAGCCCUAAUUUAUUCUAUUUUGCAUUUAGUUUGGCUACGAAAAGAAACUCCAAUAACUCGCCCAAGACGAGCAUCCAUCAAAUUUCACUCCAGUUUUAACAGUAAAGAAAGAAAAAAUUCAACUUUAUCCUCAGUGGAAGUCAAUGGAACAACUAUACCUCAUGCCAUGGAACUACAAGGAGGAACUAAUUGAAGAUCAGACAAUAAAUAAAUUAUUAAUGAAUAUAGUUUCAAGCAAAAAUUUCUUUCAUUAUUAUCACAACGCUAUUUUAUGUGUAUCUUUUCCAAACGGUAAUUUAUAUUUUUAACAGUUGUCACAUUUUUAA